AUGCAAACUAUCAAAUGUGUCGUAGUCGGUGAUGGUGCUGUUGGAAAAACCUGUCUCUUGAUCUCAUACACCACCAACAAAUUCCCCUCCGAAUAUGUCCCUACCGUAUUCGACAACUACGCCGUAACAGUGAUGAUCGGUGAUGAUCCAUACACAUUAGGUCUAUUCGAUACAGCCGGUCAAGAAGAUUACGAUCGACUGAGACCUUUAUCAUACCCUCAAACGGAUGUCUUCUUAGUUUGUUUCUCCGUCACCUCGCCUGCAUCAUUCGAAAACGUCAAAGAGAAAUGGUUCCCAGAGGUACAUCACCAUUGUCCCGGUGUACCCUGUUUGAUCGUCGGUACUCAAGUUGAUUUAAGGGAAGAUUCGAAUCAUUUAGAAAAGUUGCAAAGACAAAAGCAAAGACCAAUCACCACUGAGCAAGGAGAGAGAUUGGCAAGGGAAUUGGGUGCAGUGAAAUAUGUGGAAUGCUCGGCGCUGACUCAAAGAGGUUUAAAGAAUGUUUUCGAUGAGGCAAUCGUCGCAGCUUUAGAACCACCCGUCACAAAGAAGAACAAGAAAUGUGUGAUAUUAUAA